AUGGCCCUGUCCCCCCGCGGGUGGCUGGGGGCCUGGGGCUGCCUCACACGACGGUCCCAGCAGGGAAUCUCUCGCCGUCCCGACCUUCCCGGCCCUUGGGGAGUCGCCCGGCAGGUUCCGGACCCACCCACAGAGGAACCCGGCCCACGCGCGGCGCCUUUAAGGCCCCUCCACUCGCUCCCCAGUCACGUGACCUGGCCGUCGCUUGGCAACAGGACGCCGCGGAGUCCUGCUUCUCCUCCAGGCGCAAUGGCUGAGGAAUGCCCCAGAGCGUGCGCGGAGCCUGUGGCGCCCAAGGCCACGGCCCCGCCAGAGAGGACCAGCGACUACUACCGCGUGAGCGCGGACCUGCCGGGCAGGUUCAACAACCCGGGGUGGUUCCGGGGCUACAGGACCCAGAAGGCUGUCUCGCUGUACAGGACCAGUAACCAGGCUUACGGGAGCAGAGCCCCCACCGUGCACGAGAUGCCUAAAGUAUUUUAUCCAAAUUCGAAUAAAUUUUCCCAACAACUUGCAGCGGGUGGAAUGUUCCGGAACAAUACUCUCAAUGUUUACCUGGAGAAAAGCAUCGUGACUGGCCCCGAUAACUGCAUCACCUCCUGUGACCGGCUCAACUUCCACCCCAGUUACAACAUCAACAGGCCAUCCAUCUGCGAUUGAGGGGCUGGAAACUCCCUCUAGGAGUCCUCUGACCCCAGGGCCUCCUGGAAAAUCAUCGUCCCUCAUCACCCACAGUCGCCCGAUUGUGACGGCACAGACUGCGCUGCCUUCCCUGAACAUAUUAUUCGUCUGCGGAGUAGGAAAAUAUGCAAACGGGGCCGUGAAGUCCUGCUAUUUCACAUCUAAUAAGUACAUGGGAAAGAUGCCAAUGGUUGACUUUGCAUUAAAAACGUUGUCACAUCCUGA